AUGCCAACGUUAUCCACAGGAAGAGUAGAUGUGAUAACGGGAGGGCCAGUGCAUGGGGGAACGAUCAGUGGCACUAAAAAGCACUUAUCUAAGCAUCGUCAUUUAGUGUAUGCCUUGGAUGUUGAUAGUCGACCUCGGCCAGCAUCGAUUCUUCACGUGGUGUUUACAGAGGAGGACACAAGGGGAAUUGUCUUCCCACAUGAUGAUCCGCUGGUUCUAAUAACAAAGAUAAAUGGGGCCGACAGCAAGAGAGUUCUGGUUGAUGGGGGCAUCUCAGCGAAUGUUCUGUUUAUGAAAGCUUUCAAUGAAAUGAAGAUAGGAAGGCAAUAUUUGACACCGGUGUCUUAUCCGGUUAUUGGGUUCAAUGGGUCAACGGUGAGGCCAGAAGGAAGUAUAGUGCUACCAGUCAGAAUGGGUGAUGGGCCGAAAGCGAGAGAUAUGAUGGCAGAGUUCCUGGUAGUUGAUGUGUCGUCAGCUUACAAUGCAAUUAUCGGCAGACUGAUAAUCCAUGAUGUGCAGGCAGUAGUGUCAACUUAUCAUCUCACGAUAGCUUAUGUGUCAAAUUUGGGAGCUGUUGAGAAGAAUCCAGUUGCGAACGGUCCAAUACCGAAUAAUUCAAGGAAGGAAAAAGAACCAACGACGCAGGAUUUGGCUAUGAAGAAUUUUGAUGCAAGGCCAGAAGAGAUCCCGAGGCCGUUACCAGGUGGAGAAACAGUGCAAAUUGAGUUACAACCGGGAAACUCAAGUCGGACAGUUAAAGUUGGAGCAGAUAUGGAUGUUGAUAUGAGAUGUCACUUGAUAAGUCUGUUGCGUGAAAAUGCAGACAUUUUUGCAUUUUUAGCAAGUGAGAUGCCGGGAAUACAUCCAGAAGUGAUGGAGCAUAAAUUAAAUGUAGAUAGGAAGUUCAGACCGAUAAGACAGAAGAAGCGCAAUUUCUCAACUAAGAAGAUAGAAGCUAUACAGGCUGAAGUUAAUAAGCUCUUGGCAACAGGGUUUAUUGAACCAUGUGCCUAUCCUGAAUGGUUAGCAAAUGUUGUGAUGGUGAGGAAGCCGACGGGGAAGUGGCGUAUAUGUGUAGAUUUUACAAACUUGAGCAGGGCUUGUCCCAAGGAUUGUUAUCCAUUGCCCCGAAUAGAUAGAUUGGUGGACUCCACUUCUGGCCAUGCUAUGCUCAGUUUCUUAGACGCAUUCUCGGGAUAUCACCAAGUCAGCCUUCACAAGGCUGACAGGGCAAAAACAGCCUUCAUAACAGAUGCUGGAGUACAUUGUUAUAAGGCAAUGCUGUUUGGGUUGAACAAUGCUGGAGCAACUUAUCAGAAGCUAGUUGAUAAAAUUUUUGAAAAGCAGAAGGGCCGAAAUGUGGAGGUGUAUGUGGAUGAUAAAAUAGUUAAAAGUAAGGAGAAGGAGGAUCACAUAGCUGAUUUCAAAGAAACAUUUGAAACAUUGCGGAAAUAUCAGAUGAAGCUGAAUCCGGAAAGUAUUUGUUUGGGGUUCGAUCAGGGAAUUUUAUGGGUAUUAUGGUUGACUGGUAGGAUGGCAGGGUUAAGACGGUUCAUCAGCAAGUCUGCUGAUAAAGCGCUUCCAUUUUUUGUAGCUUUGCGGCAGAACAAGGCAUUUGAAUGGGGAAAAGAGCAAAGGGAUGCAUUGGAAGUGGUAAGGAAUCACUUGAGAUCUCUUCCAACAGUCGCAAGGCUGGAAAGGGGAGAAUUGCUACAGCUAUAUCUCGGCAUCUCCAAAAACAAUAGUCGCAGUGUUGUUGGUCGAAAGAAAGAAGCAGCAGAUGUCGAUAUACUUUGUUGGUCAUGUCUUAAAUGCGGCUGA